AUGGAUCCCGAAUUGACAGGAGAUUCCGGCAGCACCGGACAGGCGGGAGACUCCAGCUGCGCCGGAGUGAAGGACGGCUCCGGCAGCUCCUGGCUGACGGACGGCUCCGGUAGCUCCUGGCUGACAGACGGGCGACUCCGGCAGCUCCUGGCUGACAUACGGACGGGCGACUCCGGCAGCUCCUUGCUGACGGGCGACUCCGGCAGCUCCUUGCUGACGGGCGACCCCGGCAGCUCAGGACAGACGGGCGACUCCGGCAGCUCAGGACAGACGGGCUACUCCGGCAGCUCAGGACAGACGGGCGACUCCGGCAGCUCAGGACAGACGGGCGACUCCGGCAGCUCAGGACAGACGGGCGACUUCGGCAGCUCAGGAUAG